UUCUUCUUUUUUUGACUUUGUGGGAAUUCAAGAAAAGAGAAAAAAGGGAUACCCUUUUAGUUGAAAUGACAAGAAUUCAACUUGAAUUGAGUCUGCAAUCAAAGUGGUGGGAUGAAAUCAAUGAAUCAGUUGAAUGGCAAGAUGGGAUUUUUUACUCUCUUUGUGCUGCUUUUGCUCUUGUCUCCUCUGUUGCCCUUAUUCAAUUAAUUAGAAUACAGUUGAGAGUACCUGAAUUUGGUUGGACAACACAAAAGGUUUUCCACCUCAUGAACUUUGUCGUAAAUGGAGUUCGUGCAAUUGUCUUUGGGUUUCACAAACAAGUGUUUCUGUUCCAUCCCAGGGUGUUGACUUUGGUAUUAUUGGAUCUACCGGGCAUACUUUUUUUCUCAGCAUAUACACUCCUUGUUCUAUUUUGGGCUGAGAUAUAUCACCAGGCUAGAAGUUUACCAACAGAUAAGCUGAGAACCUUUUAUAUUUCAGUAAAUGGUGCAAUAUACUUCAUACAGGCUUGUAUCUGGGUUUACCUCUGGAUAAACGACAAUAGCUUUGUGGAAUUCAUUGGGAAGAUAUUUAUAGCAGCUGUGUCAUUUGUAGCUGCAUUAGGCUUUUUGCUGUAUGGAGGAAGGUUAUUUUCUAUGCUGAGACGCUUCCCCAUCGAAUCUAAAGGAAGAAGAAAGAAGCUUCACGAGGUUGGAUCUGUAACUGCCAUUUGUUUCACUUGUUUCCUCAUUAGAUGCUUUGUGGUUGUUUUAUCGGCUUUUGAUGCUGAUGCAUCAGUAGAUGUCUUGGACCAUCCAGUUCUAAAUCUGAUAUACUACAUGCUCGUGGAAAUUCUUCCUUCAGCUCUUGUGCUGUACAUCCUGCGCAAAUUGCCCCCCAAAAGAGUAUCUGCUCAAUACCACCCCAUCCGUUAGCUGCAGCGGACAUGUAUCUUCGAUCCUACAACUUCCGAUGGUUGCAGCAAUUGAAGUUAGCUGAGUUCUGAAGGAGGUAUGGACCUGCAGAAAACGAUCCAGGAGUAUAAAUCGUGGAAGGCGCGGAAUAGCUCAAUUCUUUUUGCCAGUUGCAGAGAUGCUUACAUUUCUGUUUCUUUGUGUUUUUGAGGUUUGAAGACGGAAGUUUUAGAAUUUUGUAUAUUAAUUGAACAAAGAAAAUUAGGAUAAUUAUUCUCAUCAAUUCCAUGAGAUUGGUUUUGCCCUUGGUUUCAUCUCUUGUACCGUGUCAUUGUUAGUGCCUUGCUGCAUGUCUUAUACUAUAGGAUCCCUUUGUAUAUGUCAUCACAAUUAACCUAGUGAUAAUUAUGGUAUCAA